AUUCCUAUGAGUUCACACAGUACACAACAAAACACUAGAUCUUUGCCUCUGUGUUGUGAUUUCCACCUGUUCCUGUCACAACACAACACAAUUUUCAUCUCUGCCAUUGAAGUGCUGAGUUUGCUAAGAAAAAAUGUGGAAAACGAAGAGCUACUUGGCAAUGAAAACAGAUUUUGAAGAGAAAGCUGCAGCACAAUUGAUUACCUCUGAUCUUAGUGACAUUGCUGUGGCUGUUAAUAACCUCGCUCACCAUAUCAUCAUCAUUAUUGGGGUCUCAGAUUUUGGAAUCUCCGUCCUCCAAAUCAUUGCUUCCAUUGCUGCUAUUUAUUUGUUGAUUUUAGAUCGAACAAACUGGAAGACCAACAUUUUCACAUCACUACUCAUUCCGUACAUUUUCUUCAGCGCGCCUUCAUGGAUUUUCGCCAUCUUCAGGGAAGAGAUUGGGAAAUGGAUCGCUCUCAUUGCUGUAGUAUUACGACUUUUCGCUCCAAGGCACUUCCCUGAUUGGCUAGAAUUGCCUGCUGCUUUGAUUCUUCUUAUUGUUGUUGCCCCCAAUCUGUUUGCCAACACCUGUAGAAGCAACGCCGUUGGGGUGGUAGUAUGCCUUAUCAUUGCAUGUUAUUUGCUGCAAGAACAUAUUCGGGCAUCUGGUGGUUUUAGAGAUUCCUUCACAAAAGCUCACGGCAUAUCAAACACAGUUGGAAUAAUUCUUCUGUUAGUCUUUCCUAUCUGGACAUUGGUUGUCUACAUUACUACAUAGGCAUAGACAUAGAGUGAAAAUUUUGUAUUUGAUUGAUAUAAGUGUAACAAUUUGGCUUCUUUGACAUUCAUUUGAUCGAAACUGAUAUCUAGGGACUUAUACAUGUCCCUAUAGUUUGUGUCUGUAUAAAUGUGAAGUGAAAUAUUAUUUGAAGACUUUUAAUUUCA